AUGGGUGGAAUCGACAUACUUUAUAGCAAACUUUUAGAGGUGGAAACAUCUGACGGAGUUGCUUUAAAACACGACACUUGUUUAGAGAAAGAGCAAAUUUCCGAUACCACAGAUGAAAAAGGUGAUAUCAACAGCCAAGAACUGGUUGAUCAGUAUCUAACACCAACAGAUAAGCUAUCGUGGAGCUUAUUGAAUGAAUUAGAUAGUUGUCCAGACAUAACUCCAGGAAAAGAAGAUGAAUUAGAUUCUUCAAUGAUAAAAUUACCCGGAUUACUAAAUAGAACAACAAUUAGAUUUAAAAGGUCCGGCAUUGAUGGCAAAAUUAUAUCAUUUUCCGAAGAAUUGUCUCCAGACGCCUUAGAAGACACUCAAGGUGCCUCUUCUUUAGCAUUCAGUAGAAAGUUUAACACUGACUCCAAACUAAAUGUUCGUGGCUCCUCUUCCAAUUUGCCGUUUAUGCCGGGUGGGUUAAACCAAGAGGGAGAAACACUACAAUCUAAGGCAACAAGAUUUUUACAUAGGGAUCAGAAUGGUUUGUUUGAUAUCCCACAGGGCUUCAAAAGGGGCCUAUCUGAUACGACCUCUGCAAAAUCAGAGAAAAUAGACAUCGCUCUUGGAGAUACUGAGAAUAUGGAAGAACUUGAGAUACUCCCGGAACAAUCAUCAGACACCUGUGAGGAAAUAGGUACAGAUGGGUUGGAUAAAUCGGUAAAGGUGGAUAAUGAAGUGGUGGAAGUGGUGGAUCACGAAAUUGAUGAUGAAAUAGGGGAUUUAAUUCCAAAAGACACUUUGUUCAAGCCGUCGAUGGCCACAGACUCAUUGAUGAAUCAGCGUAAACGGAAAACGAAAUGGGCGCAUGUUGUUGAUUUGAAUCAUAAGAUAGAAAACUUCGAUGAGUUAGUGCCCAAUCCAGCUAGGACUUGGCCUUUUGAAUUGGAUAUUUUCCAACAAGAGGCUGUAUAUCAUUUAGAACAGGGUGACUCCGUCUUUGUUGCUGCGCACACUUCAGCAGGUAAGACUGUUGUUGCGGAAUAUGCAAUUGCAAUGGCACAUAAGAAUAUGACGAAAUCCAUCUAUACAUCACCUAUCAAAGCAUUAAGUAAUCAGAAAUUCAGGGACUUUCGGCAAACAUUUGAUGAUAUUGAUGUGGGUGUCAUUACUGGUGAUGUGCAAAUCAAUCCAGAGGCGAAUUGUUUGAUCAUGACCACGGAAAUUUUAAGAUCAAUGUUAUAUAGAGGGUCUGAUAUAAUCAGAGAUGUAGAGUUUGUGAUUUUUGAUGAAGUGCAUUAUGUUAAUGAUGUUGAUAGAGGUGUCGUUUGGGAAGAAGUAAUUAUCAUGUUACCGGAACAUGUUAAAAUUAUUCUCUUGUCUGCCACGGUUCCAAAUACUCUAGAAUUUGCUUCCUGGGUUGGUAGAACUAAACAAAAAGACAUAUACGUUAUCUCGACGCCAAAAAGACCUGUUCCUCUUGAAAUUUUUAUUUUUGCAAAGGAUACACCAUUUAAGGUCAUUGACUCAAACAGGAAAUUUUUGGAAUCUGGUUUCAAGCAACAUGAAGAUAAGUUCCUUAAAAUAAAACCAAAAGAUAAUGACAAACAAGGUGGCACUCAAAAUAGCGGAAGGGGCGGCAGAGCUGGUGCACGUGGAGGUCGUGGUGGUCGUGGUGGUGCACGCGGUGGUGCACGCGGUGGAAGUCAUAGCGGUAAUAAUGGCCCAAGGUUUAUCAAAAGAGAUGCACCAACUAGUAAAUCAUGGACUACACUGGUUGAAUAUUUGAGAAGAAAUGAGCUAUUGCCAGUGGUGAUUUUUGUGUUUUCAAAGAAAAGAUGUGAAGAAUAUGCCGAAACUUUAAGUGGAUUUAAUUUUUCUAACGCCAAAGAAUCAUCAGCUAUUCAUAUGUUUGUUGACAAAGCAGUUUCCAGAUUGAAAAAAGAAGACAGAGAAUUACCCCAAAUUUUGAGAAUGAGAGAAAUGCUUAAAAGAGGUAUAGCUGUUCAUCAUGGUGGUUUAUUGCCAAUAAUCAAAGAAGUUGUGGAAAUUCUUUUUUCUAGAGGUUUAGUCAAGGUUUUGUUUGCUACAGAGACUUUUGCUAUGGGACUUAAUUUACCAACGAGGACAGUUGUGUUCAGUUCAACCAGAAAGCAUGAUGGAACCGGUUUCAGAGACCUCUUGCCGGGUGAGUUUACGCAAAUGUCUGGAAGAGCUGGUCGUAGAGGUUUAGAUAAGAUUGGUACUGUCAUGAUCAUGGCUUAUCAGCAACCAGCUGACAAAAAUAGCUUGAAACAAGUUGCCUUAGGUGUACCCACAAAGUUAACAUCCCAGUUUAGAUUGACCUAUACCAUGAUUCUGAAUUUAUUGAGAAUCGAGGCCUUGAAAGUCGAAGAUAUGAUCAAAAGGUCCUUUGGUGAAAACUCUUCACAAUCCAUGUUGCCAGAUCAACAAAUGGAAAUUUUGAAGCUCGAGAAAGAAUUGCAGCUAGCAGAGCUUCCUGCUCUUGAUACUGAAAAUGUAAACAAACUUGAGUCCAUUUUCUCAAUAUGUUCUGAUAUCUCAUACUUGAGGGAAAAUUUCAUUAAAUCUAUCAUCAAGGGGAAUAAAAGUAAAACUCUAUUCAAGCUAGGAAGACUGAUUACAUUCAGGAAUGACAAGGGAGAGAUGCAUGUCGGUGCCAUCCUUAAUGUAAAUUCUGGAAAGAAUAUCGCAGAUUGCUUGGUUGUUACCUCAAAUUCUAAUAGAGAACAGGCCUCGAAAUUUGCGUCCUCUAACUUAUUCUUUGAUCCGAUAUUCAAUGAAGCUUUCAAUAGACAGUGGACUGAAAGUUGGAAUAUAAAGUUGUCUAAAACCACAUCCGUUCCUACUUCCAGGAUAGAAUUUGUCUCUGAUGAGUUUAUGCCUGUUUCAAAAGAAUUAUUUUCGAGAGAUCAAGCGACGACUCGAAAGACUAUGCACAAGUUAGAGAUGCUGUUUAAAAGGAUAAAUUCAUGGAAAGAGUUUGACUAUCAUCCUUGUAUGAAUGAAACAACUGUUGAAAGUAUCUCGCUCUACUACAAAAAACUCAAUCAACUUGCGGGAAUGUUAUCUGAUGAAGACGUUGUCACUAUGAUGUUUAAAAAUGAUAAUUAUCUCAAAGUUGCAAAUAAAAUGACUAUUGCAGAGAGAAUUGAGACCAUAAAGCAAACUUUGAGUGACGAAAAUCUUGAAUUAUUGCCUGAAUACAACAAGAGAAUGGAGGUCCUGAAAACAUUAAACUACAUUGAUCCAGAGCAGCUUACUGUCAGUCUAAAAGGUAGGGUUGCAUGUGAAAUCAACUCUGGUUUUGAAUUGAUCAUUACUGAAUUAGUUUUCGAAAAUUUCCUCGGUGGCUUCAGUUCAGAAGAAAUCGUAGCUUUACUAUCAUGUUUCGUCUAUGAAGGCAAAAGAGGCAACAAUGACGAUACCGAAGUUAUGUUGGCUACUCCAAGAUUGGAAAAGGGUAAAGAAAGGAUUUGUGCUAUCGUUGAAAAAGUCAUGGAGCUUUCGACAGAGCUGAAGAUUCAACUUACUGCUGAAGAAGACGCCUUCUUAGAAAAUGACAGGUUUGGCUUAGUUAAUACUGUUUAUGAGUGGGCAAGAGGUAGAACUUUCAAAGAGAUCAUGGAGUAUGCUAACGAUGCGGAUGAAUCUGAAGGUACAAUUGUCAGAGUUAUCACGUUUCUUGAUGAAAUAUGUAACCAAGUCAAAAACGCUGCAAUGAUUACGGGUGAUUCAGCAUUGCAUUCGAAAAUGACUGAUGCACAAGAAAAAAUCAAACGUGAUAUUGUCUUUUGUGCAUCACUCUAUUUGUAG